CACUCCUGUCGCUGGGCUCCCCUCCCUUCCGUGCUCUUGCGGGAGGGCGGAGCCGGGCCCGCUCCAUUGUGGAGAGGAGGGGAGAGGCGCGAGGGAGCAGAAGCUAGGUCCUGGAGCUCGGGUGCUCGCUUCUGGCCGCGGCUGCAUCAGGCGGGGCCUGCAGCCGGGAUGCAGCUGGCGCCCGGGGCUGGCGGGCAGCGCAGCGGCUCCGGGGACAUGUGCGCUGGUCCAGACAGCCCGCGACCAUGAGCCUGACCGCCCCCGUCUCCUGCUCUAUGCUUAGCUGCUUCGGUGAGGAGGGCCCCCCCAGCCUGGAGUACAUCCAAGCCAAGGAUCUGUUCCCCCCCAAGGAUCUCGUGAAAGAGGAGGAGAAUCUUCAGGUGCCCUUCGCGGUGCUCCAGGGUGAGGGGGUGGAGUUCCUGGGCCGCGCAGCCGACGCCCUCAUUGCCAUCUCCAACUACCGGCUGCACAUCAAGUUCAAAGACUCUGUCAUCAACGUACCCCUCCGGAUGAUUGACAGUGUGGAAAGUCGUGACAUGUUCCAGUUGCACAUUGCCUGCAAGGACUCCAAAGUGGUGAGGUGCCACUUCUCCACUUUCAAGCAGUGCCAAGAGUGGCUCUCAAGGCUAAGCCGGGCCACAGCAAGACCUGCCAAGCCCGAGGAUCUCUUUGCCUUUGCCUACCAUGCCUGGUGCCUGGGGCUGACCGAGGAGGAGCAGCAUACCCACCUGUGUCAGCCAGGAGAGCACAUCCGAUGUCGACAGGAGGCCGAGCUCACAAGAAUGGGUUUUGACCUGCAGAACGUUUGGAGAGUCUCGCAUAUCAACAGCAAUUACAAGCUGUGCCCCAGUUACCCCCAGAAGCUGCUGGUUCCUGUGUGGAUCACAGAUAAAGAGCUGGAGAACGUGGCUUCUUUCCGCUCCUGGAAGCGCAUCCCUGCUGUGGUGUACAGACAUCUGCGCAACGGAGCUGCCAUUGCUCGCUGCAGCCAGCCUGAGAUCAGCUGGUGGGGCUGGCGCAAUGCUGAUGAUGAAUACCUGGUCACGUCCAUUGCCAAAGCCUGCGCCUUAGACCCAGGGACAAGGGCCAGCGGUGGCUCCCUCAGCACUGGGACUAAUGAUGCCAGUGAGGCAUGUGACACUGAUUUCGAUUCUUCUCUGACUGCGUGCUCUGGGGUGGAGAGCACAGCAGCCCCUCAAAAGCUGCUGAUCCUGGAUGCGCGGUCCUACACAGCAGCAGUGGCUAACCGUGCCAAGGGUGGAGGCUGUGAAUGCGAAGAGUACUAUCCUAACUGUGAGGUCGUAUUCAUGGGAAUGGCCAACAUCCAUGCCAUCCGGAACAGCUUCCAGUAUCUCCGGGCUGUGUGUAGCCAGAUGCCAGACCCCAGCAACUGGUUGUCGGCCCUGGAGAGUACCAAAUGGUUGCAGCACUUGUCUGUGAUGCUAAAAGCGGCUGUGUUAGUAGCUAAUACAGUAGAUCGGGAAGGCCGGCCAGUGCUGGUGCACUGCUCCGAUGGCUGGGACCGUACGCCACAGAUUGUAGCCCUGGCCAAAAUAUUAUUGGACCCAUAUUACAGGACCUUGGAGGGCUUCCAAGUGCUAGUGGAGUCUGAUUGGCUGGAUUUUGGGCAUAAGUUUGGAGAUCGCUGUGGCCAUCAGGAAAAUGCAGAGGACCAAAACGAACAGUGUCCCGUGUUCCUCCAGUGGCUCGAUUCUGUCCAUCAGCUGCUUAAGCAGUUCCCCUGCCUGUUCGAAUUCAAUGAGGCAUUUCUGGUGAAACUGGUACAACACACAUACUCCUGUCUCUAUGGCACAUUCCUGGCCAACAACCCCUGUGAGCGAGAGAGGCGCAACAUCUACAAGCGGACAUGCUCUGUGUGGGCACUCCUGCGAGCUGGCAACAAGAACUUUCAUAACUUCCUCUAUACACCUGGCUCGGACAUGGUCCUGCAUCCCGUGUGUCAUGUCCGGGCCCUGCACCUCUGGACAGCUGUUUAUCUGCCUGCGUCAUCUCCAUGCACACUUGGAGAGGAAAAUAUGGAUCUUUACCUUUCCCCAGUGGCUCAGAGCCAGGAAUUUUCUGGUCGUUCUCUGGACAGAUUACCAAAAACCAGAUCCAUGGAUGAUCUUCUUUCUGCCUGUGACACAAGCAGCCCCCUCACUCGUACAUCCAGUGACCCUAACCUGAAUAACCACUGUCAGGAGGUCAGACUCAGCCUGGAGCCCUGGCACAGCAAUCCUUCUGAAGGAGCAGAGACAGUCCUUGUAGAAUCUGGGGUAGGAGGCCCUCAGCUGACUGUGGGAGAAGUGGGCCUUCCUCCUCCUCUGCCCAGCAGCCAGAAAGACUACUUGAGCAAUAAGCCUUUCAAGGGUCACAAAAGCUGUUCUCUCAGCUACAAAUUGCCCUGGGAAAUGAAGAGCAGCACCUCAGAGAUCAAAGUCCUGGAAGAGCCUGAGGCGCUGGCCUCAGACCCUCCUGCUCAGCAGGCGCAGGGUAGGACUUUUGAGGGCUUAGGGAAGCCGCCUGAACAGCGCCCCGAAAAGGAGGCUGUCAGUGCACUCUCUGAUGUUUCCAGCAAGUGUGGUGGAGCCUGUGAUUUAUCUGAGCCUCCGCAGGAUUCCCUGAUGGGUACUCCCAAGCAGGCCCAUCAAGACUCCAUACAGGCUGUACCCAUAAGCUGCACUCUAGGCCACAGUCAGGGUAGCCUUUGCAACCUACCAAGUGCUGCCAGCCAACCUCCUCACGAGCCAAAUACUCACCUCCUCAGCCAAGAUGCCCCUGGGCCUGUGGCAAGUAUCUCCCACCAAGAACAGCCUAGUUCUGUGCCGGAUCUGAGCUACAAGAAGGAAGAUGCUGGCAAGAGAGGAAGUAAGAGUGGGCAGUUGUUAGAAAAUCCUCGCUUUGGGAAAAUGCCACUGGAGUUGACCCGAAAGCCAAUUUCUCAGAGCCAGAUCAGUGAGUUCUCAUUUUUAGGGUCAAAUUGGGACAGCUUCCAAGGGAUGAUGACUUCAUUCCCAAAUGGAGAGACCACUCCUCGGCGACUGCUUGCCUAUGGCUGUUGUAGCAAGAGGCCGAGCAAUAAGCAUAUCCGAGCUGCAGGGCCCUGCUUAGGGGGCCAGUGGGCUCAGAGAGAAGGGAUGAAGUCACCUGUCUGUUCUAGUCAUUCCAAUGGACAUUGUACAGGCCCAGGAGGAAAGAACAGCCGGAUGUGGUUGUCCAGUCACCCAAAGCAAGUCUCCAGCACAAAGCCUUCUCUUCUGAGCUGCCCCUCUCCAGUGCCUCCUCUCUACCUGGAUGACGACGGACUCCCCUUUCCCACGGAUGUGAUCCAGCACAGGUUACGGCAGAUUGAAGCAGGGUACAAGCAAGAGGUAGAACAGCUACGUCGGCAGGUUCGAGAGCUUCAGAUGAGGCUAGACAUCCGUCACUGUUGCGCCCCUCCAGCAGAGCCCCCCAUGGACUAUGAGGAUGACUUUACGUGUUUAAAGGAGUCAGAUGGCAGUGACACUGAAGACUUUGGCUCUGAUCACAGUGAAGACUGCCUUUCAGAAGCAAGCUGGGAACCUGUUGACAAGAAGGAAACUGAGGUGACUCGCUGGGUUCCAGACCAUAUGGCAUCCCACUGCUAUAACUGUGACUGUGAAUUCUGGUUGGCCAAACGAAGACAUCAUUGCAGGAAUUGUGGGAACGUGUUUUGUGCUGGAUGCUGCCACCUUAAGCUGCCCAUUCCUGAUCAGCAACUCUAUGACCCAGUCCUCGUCUGUAACUCGUGUUACGAACACAUUCAAGUCUCUCGUGCCCGGGAGCUCAUGAGCCAACACCUGAAGAAACCCAUUGCUACGGCUUCCAGUUGAAUGCCAGAGGAGAUGAUCUGUCCAUUUUUAGCAGGUUUGAAGGGAGGAUCUGCUUCAGGUGUAGUCUGAAAGGUUCCUUGGUAUGGCUCAUGAACACAGAGCUCAAAGGUACCAUCUUGAGAAAUCCUCCUUGGUACCAUGUGGCUGGAGCAGGAGAUUGUCUACUGGAGAGACCCUCACUUUGGGGUAAUGGUUCCGAUCAAGACCCAGAGUAUGGAAGCUUCGUGCUGAGUUGGUGACUCCAGCUCCUAUCUCCUGGAGGUCAUGAGAUGAUUCAUACAUACUGCCUGGUGCACAGUGCCCAAACAGCAAUAGAAAGGCAUUCUUUUAACCAAACUCCAAGUGAUUGCGAGACCCGUCUCUCCGCCACCUUGAAAAGAGCAGAUCAUAGUAUCCAAGAUAGGAAUUCCCUUCCUAUUUGAGAUGAACUCUGUUCUGUACCUCUGUGCUCUGUGUAUGUGCAUGAAGGCUCAGUCUUUAGAGGCAGGCACUCCCUCUAGUUGCAUUAGUACUGUCCU